UCGGUGCGUGGCGCCUCAGUUUGGACAUAGAGAAAGAAGUUGAAUUCCUUUCUCUGUGGUUUAGAUUAGCUCAUCAUCAUCAUCAUUCCACGUGAGCGAGAAGUUGGCGCGCGUCUCAUAUUCGCGGCGUGCGUUGUUUUGUUUCGCUUGUGAAAGCGUGGAAUGCAACGAUGAGCGAGCCUCCUGACCGACAGAAGGUGAUUGAAAAGUACCUCCAAGGAUUACAUCAUCACGAAGACGGCUACUCCCAUGGCUACCUGAAGUCGGACGAUGAGCUUAAGCUUUUCGAGAGGUCCUUGGCUGCAGUCAACGAACGGUAUGCUGUGCGGACAUCAAGAGACCUGAACAAGCCGUCUAAAUCCAAUGUCGUCUUCUCCAUGAUCCACUCCGGGUGCAGAAUCUCUCUGGACAAUGUACCGUUUCGAGUUGUCAAAGAAACCGUCAAAGUCUGCAUAUUUGGAAUGGAAUACUACAAGAAGUCUCCAGAGAAAAAAAAAGACCACAUAUAUUACAUGGUGAUGCACUUGCAAACGUUUCAGUCUCAUGCAGAUAUCCAGCAGCGUUUCAAAUUUAAAGAUUGUGUACAGGCAGUGUAAAGAGGAUCUACCUUAUGUUACUUUAGGUUAGGUUACUUUAGGUUUACACCAGAUAUAAAUAUUAUUGAUUUCAUUUACAGGGUUCAAGCACCGCUGACUGGCUGAAGGAGGUGUAUGAGAAAAAGCAAAUGAACCGCCAAGGCACAAAGAAGAAGGGGUGUGCAGCAACAAUGAAUUUGAAGUGGAUUGAAUUGUACCCAGAAUUCCAGGUGGACCUUCCCCAGCCAUGCGGCCAGACAAAAGAGGGUCGGCUGAAAGCAGACAAGGCCAAGCAGCUGCAGGAGGCACUUGACGCAGAGCAGCAGACUGUGGCCAAAGAGACGCGAGUAUAUAUUAGAAUUGCCGACUGCGGUUCCCAUCGUAACCAUGGUUUCGAUAUGCCUGCAUACCUGCACAAUCGGCCUCACGGGUUUGUUGACCAUAUGCUGAGACGGCUCGUUAACGCAGAGGAAUACACCCACACAGACAUGAGAGAGCUGCCCAUUGAAGGCAUGUUCUCUGUUCAUUCUGAAAGAAAUGAUGAUGAUGUGCACACAGUCGACUUCACCAAGCCAUCGUGUACCUGCCCUGACUUCAGAAAGCACAAGUACCCAUGCAAACACUUUUGUGUUGUUUUUAAGUACAGCGACAGGUGGGGCUUUUCCUCUCUUCCGCAGAGUUACCUCAAUCGACCGCAAAUUGCACUUGGAAGCUGUCUAGAAUCAGAAACAGGUUCUGAGAUUCCCCUUGUCAAUGAGCCUAGUCCUUCGGAAGUGUCUUCACAGGCUCUUGGUACAGCAGUAUCAGAGCCGGACAUUCCUUUUGUCAAUGAGCCUAGCUUUUGUCAAGUGCCUUUACAGCCUGUGGUUGCUAUGGUUCCUAGGACAGCAGCCCCCUCAGUGUCGGAGUUGCACAAACGUAUAACCGAGGAACUUGAAAAGUGCAGCUCCCUCCUUUACUGCUGUCAUGACGUUCAAACACUGUCGGAGGCUAGGGGCUUAUUGCAAGUCGCCUUCCGUAAGUUGGCUGAAUCUGUGCCACAGAGUUCUGGCCUUCACAUUCGGGGCUCACCGACAAAGGGAUGCUCGUCUCUGAAGCCUCUUCCAAAGAGAAGGCGCAUAUAGUGUGCUGUCACUGUGCCAUUGAUUCAUUAACUUUUCACAGGAGCUUUGGCUCGGACUGCUAAGAAAGGAUCAGGGGAAAACUUUAGAGAUUGCCACUCAGUAUCUUUUUUUUUUUUCAUUUUUUAAAAAAAUUGCUAACUUUACAAAAGUCAAUUUUUGCCAUGCAAAACUUUGGCGUAAACAGAGUGUUUGGACAUCUGUAAAUAUGUGUAAAUAUUAUGCAUUAAAUAUUAGCAACAGUAUCAUCAACCAGACAAGAAGAAUGCCACACACAAAAAGGACGGUUCUACAGCUGGCGCGGGAUCUUCGACUUCGUCGUCUCCUUCGCCGUUUUUCUGGGCUGACUGACUGUUUGCUGGCUCAAAACAGCAGGUUGCAAUAUGCUAUGUUUCAUACUAGACUCAAUUAUAGUCAUGUAAUUACGACAUUGGCAACAGCUGUGUAUGUGUAGAAAUACUGCCUUAAUGUUUUGUGUCGGUGACACUUUCAAUUCAUAGAUUCUAUAAAAUAUGUUUUUAGGCUUGUGCUUUCAAUGUAUGUGUAUAAAACUGUUUGUAAAGUUGCAUCCCUUCUGUACUUCCAUGAAAGUGCUUGCUUUUAUACUUAUAGCAUUUUAAUAUAGCAGCUAUUGUAUAUGAAAACAUGUUACAUUUUUGUCUGGUGGUUACUUCAAGAAAUAUUCAGUAGCGUGCUUGUGAUAUGCAUUACAGGCUCGACUGUAAAUAAACCACAUUUGAGAGAAUGCCUAAUGUGCACCAAGAGUUUACUUUGAAAAUGUGAAGUAUGGUUACCUACACAGUAGAGCAAUUUCACCAAGACUACUUCAACAGCUGUGACUGGUAUUAGAGGCUGGGCAAAGUGGCCAUUUUCAAGGGCAAUUAUGAGAACUACCCUUUAAGUGAAAUGCUUUAGGUAUACAUACUGAUACUACUACCUUGAGGGAGCUGUUUAAUUAUCCACACUUAGAGCUUUUUUUCAGUGGCAUCCUAUGC